AGUGUCAAAACACAAUAGCAGACAGAGUGUCAAAACACAAUAGCAAAAAAAAAAAAGUAGAAGAAAAUGAAUCCCUUUGGUGCAGCAAUUACAGAUCAAACUUUGAAACAAAUGUCAAAAUACAGAGGUAAAGAAAUAACACAAGAAGACAGAGCAAGAGAGGCAAUGAGAUUAAUCCAUUCUGAAGACAAGAACAUAAGUGCUCUUCAACAUGUAUUGAAUCUUAAGUCUAAUUAUGGUAAUGGAGUAUCCACAUUAUGCCUUGUGUAUAAUGGUACUGGUGAUACUCUUCAACUUGUGGACCAGGUGGAUUGGUCUGGUUAUAUCUAUAAAGAACAACCUCCCAAAUCCUUUCAAAAUGGUCAGUGGCUCGCUUUCCUCCAUGCCCACCCGACCGCUACAGAAUCAGGUUCAGUUGCUGCUCGUGUAUACCGCGGUAAGAAUGUCAAAGGAGAUGUUCUUGAUUUCAUGAUUGCUUGGAGCACACCUUGGAACGCCGUCCAGAAUUCUGUUUAUACUGAGGUCCGUGAAAAGAAUCAUUUCCCCCCAUAUUGGGCUUACAUUAGGGAUUUGCUAAGAAAGGCGGAAAAAAUAACAGUGGACGAGACGGAUAAGAAAUGCACAUCAGCUGUUAGUAUUGGUGGCAUUACGUCCCCGGAAUUCAUUGCAAUUCUCAAGCACAGAUUUAGCCCUGAGCCAUAAAUCAUCAUUAUCGUGCCAUCAAAUAAUUCACAUUUUCCCUUCACAUAUACUCUGCGUUUCCUAGCUAGGCCGUGUAGGCAUAGUUGUUGCGUACUUGGGUAUGACUCGGUGCUGGUAGAAAUGUGAUCUGGAGUAUUAUUAUGUUAUUGUUGUGUUUUUUUUUACAUGUUAUUGUUGUUGAUGUGUUCAUUAAGAACUUUUUUACUAUUUCCAAAAUAAACCUACCUAGUGUUGUGCGUA